UGGAAGGUGCGGAGAGUUUCGAGACAACGUUUAACGGCGAGAUUGUAUCUGGCUGGCUCUCGCUCUAUUGGACAGCGCUGGUGGAGUCCGCGUUCCUAUUGUGCGGCUCGCUGGACAACCCUGUGGGCGACGGCAGCCUGCGCGAGAGUAAUUUCGGUUCGCUCGUGUUUGUAACCGCAAUGGGUCCUGUUGGUUGCGUCAUCGUCGCUGUCUUCAUCUCGACGCUCGCCCGUGAGCAGACCCUGAAGUAUGGCCUGGACAUGCGCAACGAAGAGCAGAAGGCUCUGAUGAGGCGCGCGAUGGACUCCCUGAGGAUCCCCUCGCGGCUCCAGCGGCGAGUCUUCAGCCUCCACUACUUCCAGAAGAUGCGCCACGAUAGGCUGGCGCUGGCCGAGCUGCUGAAGACAGAGAACCUGAGCAGGCCGCUCGAGCUGUCCCUCAGGCUCUGCAUAUACAGCAAGGUCGUCGCGUCCGGCUUCUUCGACACGACCCAGGCGAGUUACAUCUUGGAGGUCGUGCAGGUCCUCCAGGACCGCGCGUACGUUCCCGGCGACUAUGUCUGCCGCAGGGGCGAAAUGGGCGCAGAGAUGUUCUUCGUGAGCCAGGGCGACUUGGUCGUGCUCGUGCCCAGCCUGCCGCCCGGCAGCCCGGGCAGCGACGAGGUCGAGAACGCGGUCGAUCUGGGCGUCAGGAGGGGCGGCGGCGAGUACUUCGGCGAGAUCACGCUCAUCAGGCGCGGGUGCCCCCGCACCGCCUGGGUUCGCGCCGAGACCUACGUGGUCUGCGCCGUGCUCACGCGCGGCAGCGCCGAGGCGAUCUGGCGCUUCUUCCCGGACGAGCGCGGGAAGGCAUCCGCCUUCGCCUCCCCCUCCUCCUCCUCCUCCUCCUCC